CAAACAUUUUUGAACGAAAACAGUGAUGUCGAUUCGAUUGUGUUGUGUACAUGGCACAUUUUAAUUUGUUUAAUUUUCACGAAAUAUGAAGUGGAAAACUAAUUAGAAUAUAUUAUAUCCAAACAUGGCUUUCGUAACCGCUGUUACCGGCGACGAUUCCACGAAGAAAUUUAUGGAUGUUCUACAAAAUGAUUUUAAGACGUUAAGCUUGGAAACCAAAAAGAAAUAUCCUCAGAUUAGAGAGGCAUGCGAUGAAGCAAUUGAAAAACUGACGUUAGCUGCAAAUAAUCCACAGGCCUCCUUAUAUGGAGUGGUGAAUCAGAUAUUGUAUCCUCUGGUACAAGGAUGUGAAUCAAAGGAUGUUAAAAUUAUACAGUUUUGCCUCGGCACAAUUCGAAGACUAAUAGCGCAGCAGGGCAUAGACGCAAAGGGUGCUAGACAUGUAGUAGACUGCCUCUACAACCUGGGGCAAGCCAACAUGCUGGAGUUAAAGCUGUUACAGACAGCAGCACUCCUGAUGACCACAUCAGAUUUGGUGCAUGGGGACACUUUGGCAAGGACCAUGGUGAUGUGUAUACGCAUGGUGUCGGCGAGCGAGACGCGUGACGUCAGCACGAGCCACGCGGCCGCGGCGACCGUGCGUCAGCUGGUGGCGCUCGUGUUUGAGAGGGCAUUGGCGGAGGCUAAUGGCACUCUAAAAGUAAAUCCAGCUGACGUCAGAAUACAAGCAAACAAUAGAGCACCAAAGGAUCUUAAACCGUGUGCGGUAGAUGCUUACCUCAUUCUACAGGAUAUAAUUCAACUAAUAAACGGAGACGCGGCCCAGUGGUUGGUGGGCAUAUCGGAAGUGCCAAAGACGUUCGGCCUGGAGUUACUGGACACUGUGCUGACCGAUUUCUCCGACGUAUUCUUUAAGAUAGCAGAGUUCAGGUUUCUCCUGAAAGAGCAUGUUUGUGCUCUCAUUAUAAGACUGUUUUCACCCAACGUUAAGUAUAGGGCAGCGUUCUCGUCCCCGCACAUCCCCGGCGGCGCGGCGGCAGCGGCGGGCGGCGCGGGCGCCGGGGGGGAACGGCCGCACUUCCCCGUCACCAUGCGGCUGCUGCGGCUCGUCUCCAUCAUCAUACACAAGUACCACGACGUGCUCGUGACGGAAUGCGAGAUAUUCCUGUCUCUGACCAUCAAGUUCCUGGACCCGGACAAGCCGCUGUGGCAACGCGCGCUGGCUCUUGAGGUCUUACACCGGAUGACCGUGCAACCAGAUCUACUGAAAGCUUUCUGCGAGUGCUACGACAUGAAGCCGCACGCCACCAACAUAUUCCAAGACAUCGUGAACGCGCUGGGCGCCUACGUGCAAAGCUUGUUCGUCGCCUCGCAAGUCAACACUCCUGCUGGAUCGUCAAGCAUCCCUCAACAGGCAGGCUUCUACUGGAAGGGCGUGUGGCUCCCAUUGUGUAUCACAUUCGAGCCAGGGACUGCUAAGUCAAUAUAUAUAGAAAUGCUGGAUCGCACGGAGGCUCCUAUGAUCCAGGAGGGCUAUGGCAUCUCCGUCGCCUACGCGUGUCUGGUGGAGAUCAUCCGCUCCAUCGCCAUCUCCCUGGAAGGCAAGGAGUACUUCAGAUUACAAGAACUGUACGAUGAUUCUCAAAAUGACGGAGAAGAACAAGAAAUUAAUUCUAACAAAACAACGAACAAUCAUAAAGAAAUAGAAAGCAGUUUAGAGCACAAAGCAGAAAUAACGAACAACGGUCACACGGGGGAGGCGGAUCAGAACUGCAACGUUGUGGAGAAAAUAGAUCCCGACUCUGAUGACAAAGAGAGACAACUUAAACUGCAGUUAAUAAAGUCGUCCUGGUGCGGCCUGGUGUGGGGCCUGUCCGUGCUGGCCGAAGCGAGCAUCGGGGAGCUGGAGAACAUCCUGCGAGCUAUACAGACCUUGGCUAGAGUCAGUGGGAAGAUGGGCGUGACCAACGCGCGGGACGCGUGCAUCGGCGCGCUGUGUCGCUGCGCGCUGCCGGCGCAGUACUGCGUGCCGGUGCUGGGCGCGCUGGCGGCACUGGCCUGCCCCUGGCCGGCGGCGAGGCCUUCGCCCGCGCCCGGGGCCGACCUGCGGCACCACGUGGUGUGGGUGGGGACUCCCCUGCCGUGCUCACAGCCCACCGGUCAGCAGCAGUCGUUCGUGAUGGUGACGUCCCGGCACGUGACCGCCAUGCGCGCGUUGCUGGCGGCGGCGCGGCGCGACGGGGACGCGCUGCAGCACGCCUGGCUGCCCGUGCUCACCACGCUUCAACAUUUGGUUUGGAUCCUCGGGCUGAAGCCUUCAACGGGCGGCAGCAUGAAGGCGAGCCGCGCCAGCGCAGACGCUAACGCCGUUAUGAGCACUUCCGCUGUCAUGGCCGACCUUCCGGGUCAGCAAGUUCCAGUGGCGGAAUCGCUCGGAGUCAUGAGUGCAUUAUCAGCAAUGCUGUCCCGUGUGUUCGAGGCGUCGAAAAAUCUAGACGACGAAGCGCUGCACCAUCUCAUAGACGCGCUGUGUAAACUCUCCAACGAGGCUAUGGAGCUGGCUUACUCUAAUAGGGAGCCAUCGUUGUUCGCCGUGGCGAAACUUCUGGAAACAGGUCUUGCGAACAUGCACAGAAUAGAAGUGAUGUGGCGGCCCAUUACUAACCAUUUACUUGAGGUGUGCCAGCAUCCGCAUAUUCGCAUGCGCGAGUGGGGCGUGGAGGCGAUCACGUACCUGGUGCAGGCGGCCUUCCAGUACCACCACAACAACCCGGCGCUCGUCACCGAGGCCCGUGAACGUUUAGUGCUGGAGCCGCUGGCGGAGCUGUGCGCGGUGCGGCACUGCGACGUGCGAGCGAGGCAGCUGGAGUGCGCCGCGCGGCUGCUGCACUCGCGCGGCGACCAGCUCGGCGCCGCCUGGCCGCUCAUGAUGGAGAUCAUAUCCGCCAUUUGCGACCAUCACAGUGAACAGCUGGUCCGUUCGGCCUUCCAAUGCGCACAACUGGUUGCGGGUGACCUGCUCGGCUGUGCUGGGCCACGCUGCUUGCGCCGCGUGCUGGCCGCCGCCGCCGCCUUCGCCAGGCAGACCAAGGAGCUCAACAUUAGUCUCUCGGCUGUCGGACUCAUGUGGAACAUAUCGGACUACCUGUACCACAACCGGGACAAGCUGUCGGCGGCGCUGAGCAGCGAGGCGGCGAGCGUGCCCGACGUGCAGCCCGACCUGCCGCCGCUCGACCGCCUGUGGAUGUGCCUCUACAUACGACUGAGUGAGCUGUGCACCGAGCCGCGCGCGCCGGUGCGUCGUGCCGCCAGCCAGACGCUGUUCAGCUGCAUCAGCGCGCACGGCACGCUGCUCAGCAAGCCCGCCUGGCGCGCUCUGCUCGCCGUACUCUUUCCUAUGCUGGACCAGGUCCAGAAGCAGUCGAACAUCGCCAGCUCGGAGAAGGUGGACACCGGAGAACAUAUCCUCAUCCACCACACUCGAAACACUGCGCAGAAGCAAUGGGCGGAGACGCAGGUGCUGACGCUGUCAGGCGUGUCGCGCGUGUUCCACUCGCGGUUCCAGCUGCUGGCGUCCGUGGGUGACUUCGGCAGGUCCUGGACAGCGCUGCUCGACUACAUCACCGACUUCGCUUUGCGGCGCAGUCAUGAGGUGUCAGUGGCAGCACUGAAGUCGUUCCAAGAGGUGGUGUCGGCGGCGGGGCGCGCGGAGGGCGAGGCGCCCAAGCGCGUCUGGCCCGCCGCCUGGGCCGCAUGGACCACCAUCGCUGAAGGCCUGGCUGCCAACGCUCCCGUUCAGGAGGACGGCAAGCCGGCGGAGGCGUACGCGCCGACCCUCAACUUCCUCACCACGCUAGUGCAGAUCUUCCCGCUCAUCUUCCAACACAUUCGACCCACGUUCACGGGUGCAGACGUACAGAAGCUGGGCGAGUGUUUGUCCAUCGUGUGCAGUGUGGAGCCCUCGGCCUCCGCGCUCGACGGCAUCGGCGGCGGCGCGCCCGUCAGCUUGCACGCACUGCACUGCCUCGACACCGUUCACAAGGAGGCGCUGAGUCGGCACGAGCUGCUGCCGGCGAUGUUCGCAGCGCUGACGGCGCUCGCGGGCGCUGCCAAGGAGCAGCCCGCCGCCGCCGCGCGCUGCCUCGCCGCCGCCGCCGCGCUGUACCGCGCCGCGCCCGCGCCCAGCGCGCGACAACUGCCCAGCCUGCUGCAGGCUCUCCACGAAGCGGUAAAGAAAUGCACUCCGGACAAGCGGCGCAGAAACAGCGAAAGGGAGCGAGACCAGCCGGACGAGCCCACACAGAUCGCCUCGCUCCUGCUACAGGUGUUGGCGACCGGACUGCCGUUAGCUAGAGAACAUCCCGACGAGUACUCUGAAUUUUGGGAAAUCCUGCCCACUGUGUUGGAGACUUUCAUGUUCGAACCGCCGGUGGGCGGCACGGCGCAGGCUCGCGAGGUGGUCGGCAUGGUGAGAGACGAGGUGCUGCGCGGGUCGCCCCGCGCGCCCGCCAGGCACGCCCGUCGCCUGCUGGCGCUGGUACGCGCCGGCUCGCUGCACCGCCACCAGCCUCAGACACAAAACGAGCAAGAGUUGAAGGAGCGAGAGGAGUUUGCACGCACGUGCUUCGAGACCCUGCUUCAAUUUUCCAUGCUCGAAGACAUGGACUCUAUGACUUGCUCUGAAAGUGACAAUGACCCUUUAGCCAUAAUGCCUCUAUUGGACCGGUUUCAAGAAGUGAUAUCGAGGUACAACCUGGACGAGGAUAGCACGGAGCCUCUUCCCAGACACCAAGUGUCGGAGAUAUCGUUCGUGCUCCGCGCCGUGGCGGCGCUGGCGGCGGCCAUGAAGCGCGCGCCGCCUUCCCGAGUGGACGCGGCGGCGUGGCACCGGCUCAUAGACGUGUACCCGUCGCUGGUGCGGCUGGCGGGCGCGCGGGGCGCGGGCGGCGCAGGCGCGGCGCUGCGCGAGGCGCUGCUGCAGUUCGGCGCGCUGCUCAGCCCGCCGCUCUAGCGCCGCCUGCUGUACACCGUGCGCAUCUAGAGCACGCGCCUGUAGACGUAUCGCCACGACGUCGCAGGUAUCAUCUUAAUCGAAACUGUUAUAUAGAAGAAUUAGAUUAAAUUAAAGAUGCAAUAAAUUGAACCUUAUGACGAUGAUAUUAGGGCCUGUUUUUGUUGAACGAGUGCACAGUGAAUUUGCGAAGCAAGCGUUUUAUUUGUAUAUAGAUUGUAAUAAUAUUAUAUUAUUGUGUAUUGUUAAUGAAAAUAGUUUGUAUUGAAAAAAAUUGUGUCAUACAUUUUGUUUAGGGUAGAGAAGACUUGUAAUAGUCAGGGAUCCGUAGAACAUUUAGUACAUUUGAUUACUAACAAGCUAAUUUUUCGUGAGUACCUUCUUCUCGAUGAGACGAUCAACUUUUUUAUUUACGAAAUUUCUUGAUUCUGGUAGCUAACUGAGUUACCAGAAAAUGAAAAUUUCAGAGCGUCGUAACGAAAUAAUGUGCCACGCAAAUUGUACGACAUUGCGGCUGUUAAGUUGUAUUGUUUUCUUGGUAACUCAGUUAGCUACCAGAAUCAAGAAUUUUCGUGAAUAAAAAAGUUGAUCGUCUCAUCGAGAUGAAGCUGCUAUUCACGAAAAAUUUGCUUGUUAGUAAUCAGGUGUACAAAAUGUUCUACGGAUCCCUGACUAUAAUAUUACCGAGUAUAGAUUGCUAUGCUAUUUGUAUCCCUAUUAUGAUAUUGGUACGCACACAAAUAAAGAAACGGUUAAAAACAACGAAAACAAACGAGAUUUUGUAUCAGACGAAAAUAGACCUAAUAUGCCUUAGCAUAAAGCUUAGAUUCGUUCGAAAUGAAUUUAAAAAUGUUUAAUAUCCAUCACCGAAUUUGUGCCUAACGAAACCAAUAAUCGGUUGUACUGAAAUAACUACCGUAUUGUAAGAUAUAUUAGGUUUAUUUUACUUUGGUGAUUCUAACAAUACGAACGUGCCCAUGUUAUAAAAAACAUAUUGUCGAUUAAUACCGGUGGAGUUGAAAUAUCGCUAUCUUUUUCG